CACCAGCUCUCAUGGCAGACACCAAAGACACACACCCUCGUAAGAAACGAAACCUAGAGAAAGCGAGAUAGCGAGAGAGGAAAAAUGGGAGGAUGGGCUAUAGCGGUGCAUGGAGGCGCUGGUGUGGACCCAAAUCUCCCGCGAGAGAGACAAGAGGAGGCCAAAAAACUCCUCACUCGCUGCCUUCAGAUCGGCAUCUCUGCUCUUCGCUCUAAUCUCCCCGCUAUUGAUGUUGUCGAACUUGUUGUGAGAGAAUUGGAAACGGAUCCCCUGUUCAAUUCUGGCCGUGGAUCUGCACUAACGGAGAAUGGAACAGUGGAAAUGGAAGCCAGCAUAAUGGAUGGUCCUAAGAGAAGAUGUGGUGCCGUAUCAGGUUUAACCACAGUUAAAAACCCAGUCUCUCUUGCAAGACUUGUCAUGGAGAAAUCUCCCCAUUCCUAUCUUGCUUUUUCUGGCGCCGAGGAAUUUGCUAGGCAACAGGGUGUUGAGCUGGUGGACAAUGACUAUUUUAUAACAGAGGAAAACGUCGGGAUGUUGAAAUUAGCAAAAGAAGCCAACUCCAUCUUGUUUGAUUACAGAAUCCCAGCCGCUGGAUUGGAAAGUUGCAGCGUGGGUGCCGCUGCUAACAGUCCCUUGGUAAUGAACGGACUCCCAAUCAGCGUUUAUGCGCCCGAAACAGUUGGGUGUGUGGCUGUGGACAGCGAAGGAAUGUGCGCUGCCGCCACUUCAACAGGUGGGCUCAUGAACAAAAAAACAGGUCGUAUUGGUGACUCACCCUUGAUUGGUUCUGGGACCUACGCUGGUGAUCUUUGUGGUAUCUCAUGCACUGGAGAAGGAGAGGCCAUUAUACGAGGGACACUAGCACGUGAUGUGGCGGCAGUGAUGGAGUACAAGGGAUUAGGCCUGCAAGAAGCUGUGGAUUUUGUUGUGAAGGAGAGGCUUGAUGAAGGGCGAGCUGGGUUGAUAGCAGUGUCUAGAGACGGGGAAGUGGCGUGUGGUUUUAACACCAAUGGGAUGUUUAGGGGAUUUGCCACUGAAGAUGGGUUCAUGGAAGUUGGUAUUUGGGAAUAAAUUUUUGUCGUUAACUUUGUAUUAUUAUCAAGUUUAGUGCUACUGUAUUUUGCUUUGAAGAUGGGACGGCUACAUGUGUCACCCACCCAUGUCUUGUCGUCGGACUCCAAUCUUAUUGUAGUCGAAAUAAUAUGGAAUAUUCACGAA